UCAUUCGACGGGAAGAAUAGUGUAGCUGUGUGUUUUAAGUGCGCCAAAGAGCUGUUGAGCCUAGAAAUUUAAAAAAAAAAAUAAACUAACUCAAAUAUUGCGAUACGAAAAAUUCGAAUUUUCGAAAUUUAAGUUAGUCGUGCAGUGUUUAUCUAAGAAGAUAUUUAAAAUGUACAAAUUCGUUUUUGUGGCCAUCAUGGCUUUGGCAGCACUGCAGGUCCAGGAGAAUGAGGCAUUCAUCAUUGUGUCUAAAAGUAUCAGUGCCGCUCCAGCCGUUUCUGCUGCCCCUGCCUUAGAUCCCAAUGCCCUCGUCCAAGGUCUAACUAAUGCUGUGACAGCUAAGAUUCAAACGGUUACUCAACUGGUGGGCGGUCUGGUACAGGCAAAAACCAAUUUGAAGCAGAAUUUACUCCGAAGUGUUUUGAAUUCCGUCAGCAGCGCUAGUGCUGCUCUACCUAGUCCCGGUUACAUUACGAAAACAAUUCGUAUACCCGUUUUCGUAAAAAGUGUCACUGCAUAUGCACCAGCGGCUACCACUACUACAUCGGCAGCAGUUCCAGCACCCGAAGCAACUACGACGACUUCUCAAUCGGCUGGUUAUUCUUACAGUUUAAGACACCGACACUGAAGAUAUUCAUAUUUAUAUAUAUACAUAUACGCAAAUAUAUAUUUCCGUGCUUAAGUUGACACUUAAUUUUGGGCUGAGUAAUUAAGUGUUACAGAACAGUUUAAGUUUUAGGAAGCUUCAAAUUCAUAUUGUUCAAAUUACAAAUUAUAAUACGAUUAUAUGUAUGUGCAUACUUAUUUGUAAAAAGAUAUAUUUCACGAUAUUCCAAAAAUAAAAAAUU